CCCGCACCGCGACGCGUCUCUGGAGGGGGCCGUGGGAUUGCGGCUUCGUCAAACUUUGGAGCCAGCGGGGUGGGCUAGAGGGCUUCGUAGACCGAGGGCAGCCCCCCAACCAUGAUGUUUCGCGACCAGGUCGGGGUGCUGGCAGGCUGGUUUAAGGGCUGGAACGAGUGCGAGCAGACUGUUGCGCUGCUGUCGCUGCUCAAGCGCGUGAGCCAGACCCAGGCUCGCUUCCUCCAGCUCUGCCUGGAGCACUCGCUGGCGGACUGCGCCGAGCUGCACGUCCUAGAAGGCGAGGCCAACAGCCCGGGAAUAAUUAACCAAUGGCAACAGGAAUCCAAGGAUAAAGUGAUUUCCCUCCUGUUAACUCACCUGCCUUUGCUGAAGCCAGGAAACCUCGACGCAAAAGUAGAGUAUAUGAAGCUGCUGCCCAAGAUCCUGGCCCACUCCAUCGAGCACAACCAGCACAUCGAGGAGAGCAGGCAGCUGCUGUCCUACGCUCUGAUCCACCCGGCCACGUCCCUGGAAGACCGCAGUGCUCUGGCCAUGUGGCUGAACCACCUGGAGGACCGCACGUCAACCAGCUUCAGUGGCCAGAGCCGAGGCCACUCAGACUCGGUGGAUUAUGGGCAGUCACACUACUACCACCAAAGACAGAACUCCGAUGACAAGCUCAAUGGGUGGCAAAACUCUCGGGACUCUGGGAUUUGCAUCAACGCCUCCAACUGGCAGGACAAAAGCCUGGGGUGUGAGAACGGCCACGUGCCCCUCUACUCCUCCUCCUCGGUCCCCACCACGAUCAACACGAUUGGAACCAGCACAAGUACAAUUCUCUCAGGCCAGGCACACCACAGCCCUUUGAAACGAUCUGUGUCCCUUACCCCACCCAUGAAUGUGCCAAACCAGCCUCUAGGACAUGGAUGGAUGUCUCAUGAGGACUUACGAGCUAGAGGACCCCAGUGCCUCCCCUCCGAUCAUGCCCCCCUGUCUCCACAAAGCAGUGUAGCCUCUUCAGGAAGUGGUGGGAGUGAACACUUAGAAGAUCAGACCACUGCUCGUAACACAUUCCAAGAAGAAGGUAGUGGUAUGAAAGAUGUUCCGGCCUGGCUGAAGAGCCUGCGUCUGCACAAGUACGCUGCGCUGUUCUCGCAGAUGACCUACGAGGAGAUGAUGGCCCUCACCGAGUGCCAGCUGGAGGCUCAGAAUGUUACCAAAGGAGCAAGACACAAAAUCGUCAUCAGUAUUCAGAAGCUCAAAGAAAGACAGAACCUCCUGAAAUCCCUGGAAAGGGACAUCAUCGAGGGGGGCAGCCUGCGCGCCCCACUGCAGGAGCUGCACCAGAUGAUCCUGACCCCCAUCAAGGCCUACAGCCCCCCGAGCACCACCCCCGAGGCACGCCGCCGGGAGCCCCCGCUGCUGGGCCCGGAGAACCCAAGCCCCGACAGCAAGGACACAACAGGCACUGUGGCUACCAGCGCCUCGGCCAGUGCCACAGCUGGGGCCAGUGGCGGGCUGCAGCCGCACCAGCUGAGCAGCUGUGAUGGGGAGCUGGCUGUAGCACCCCUGCCUGAGGGGGACCUUCCUGGGCAGUUCACACGUGUCAUGGGGAAAGUGUGCACCCAGCUCUUGGUCUCCAGACCUGAUGAGGAGAACAUAAGUUCCUACCUCCAGCUCAUAGACAAGUGUCUCAUCCACGAGGCAUUUACAGAGACACAGAAGAAAAGAUUGUUGUCAUGGAAACAGCAGGUACAGAAACUCUUCCGGUCCUUCCCUCGGAAAACCCUGCUGGACAUAUCAGGAUAUCGACAGCAAAGAAACCGUGGCUUUGGGCAGUCCAACUCCCUCCCGACGGCUGGCUCUGUGGGUGGCAGCAUGGGCCGCCGGAACCCACGUCAGUACCAGAUCCCGUCCCGGAACGUCCCCUCUGCCCGUCUGGGCCUCCUCGGCACCAGCGGAUUCGUCAGCUCCAACCAGCGCCACACCACAACCAACCCCACCAUCAUGAAACAAGGAAGACAGAAUCUCUGGUUUGCCAACCCCGGCGGCAGCAACAGCAUGCCCAGCCGCACGCACAGCUCCGUGCAGAGGACACGCUCACUGCCCGUGCACACGUCUCCGCAGAACAUGCUGAUGUUCCAGCAGCCAGAAUUCCAGCUUCCCGUGACUGAACCUGACAUCAACAACAGGCUGGAGUCGCUGUGCCUCAGUAUGACCGAGCACGCCCUGGGAGAUGGGGUUGACCGGACCUCCACAAUCUAGAAGCUGAAGAUGAGAGGGACCGCGCUGGCCGUGAACUCGACUUUGGGGUUGCGCAGAAUCCUCCAAGACGCUCUGCAGCCUUUCCCCCUGGUCCCUCGCCCAUUUUGAUUUUGUGAGAGUGUAGGUCAUCCUCGUAAACAUAUCAGUAGACCUGGGAUCGGUUACGUUGUCAUUUGUUUCUGUAUGGGAUGGUUUGACGUGCGGGGUGGGGAGGGGUCUCUGGGAAAUGUAGGACUUGGAGGAGGUGAAGAGAUGCAAGUGGCUUCGGGGGAGGGCGCUGCCGUGAAAGAGACAAGGCAGACACGAGGGAGGCAGAAGGCCCAGCGUGGGGAGCCUUUUCAGAGGGCCUAGCUUCACAUCAGGCCAGAGGAGGAGAGGACACAUGUGACCAAAGCAAGAUGGCUGCUCGGCUGUGUGGGUCUCCCUGACUGGAUUUCCCAGAGUGCCCUGCUUGAAACAGCUGCACGAGGGCCGCCCGGCAAGAGGGGCAAGAAGGAAGAAAUUCCCUCCAGCAAAAUUUUAGAUAAACUUUGAUUUGUGUAUUGUUUACAUAAGAAUUCUAAAGGGUACAUAAUGUGUAGAGUUUGGGUAGAACUUCUCUUCAUACUAUGGGGUUUUUUUUAAAGGAUUUAUUGUUAUGGAUUCAUUUUUUUCCCUCUAUUUUUAUAAUAGCAGCAGGGUUGUCUUUUAAAACAGCUGCCAAGCUCUGCUUCUUGGGAAGACAGAUGUAGUCACACAGGCCUGAGUUGUCACCUCUCACCAUUAGGGGGCAGAGCAUGUGGGUGGACUCGAAGGACAAAAAUCCGGCCAAGGCUGCUGUCGGUGCCGGGCUGGAGGAGGGAAGGGAUGGAGGCGCCUGGGAUCAGUCUCAGAUCUGCUCAGAGACCACCCAGACGUUCUAAACCAACCUGCAGCCUCUUCCUGGGCUUGAUCUGCUGCUCCUCCAGAGAGCCCUCUCCUUCCCACCUCACAGUGGGCUGUAUCCUGGCAUCAGUUGGCGAGACACAGGUGGGUGCAAGUCCUGCUGGAGAAGGAUGCCACGGCUGGAUGCUUGUGCCUUGCACAAGGCCUGAUACCUGCAGGAUGCGCUCAGGAUGUUUGCAGGGGGUCAUAGAGACUUGGGUCUGGGGCUGCAGCCCCCACACUCAGACCCUGCUGGGGAUGAGGGGAGAGAUGUCCAGCAACAGUGUCAAGAGGGUCAGCCAGCAAGUGUCAGAGAGCCAUGCCGGGUGAUCCGGGACCACGCGCCCUGGCUCCAACGCCAGGUCGGCAAGGCAAGCAGGAGUAGGAAAGGUGAACUUCAUGUGACGCGUGACGGACAAGAGAUUUGCUGUGCUACUCGCUGACUCAUCCAUCCACACAGAGGGGUGGAAAACCCCACUCAUUACUCGUAAGAGAUUAGCAGACUAUAGCACCACAGAGUAAUGGCUCCGUUUCUUAUGAGCAAGGGCGACUGCGUUGUGGAAUUUGAUGCAGUGAAGGGCAUUAGAGGAAAUCAAAAAGGAAUUGUUUUCUGCACUGGAAAAUUGGGUUGGGUAAAUGAUGGCACAAACACUCAGCCAGAGGCGUGAUUGGGGGCUGGUAUAGGCCUGCUUAUUAAGUGGGUAAAAUCGGUGCUUUACAAAAAAGAAAGAAGAAGUCAAAGUCAAAAUUAAAAGAGAUCAGACCAUGGAAAUUACUGCAUUGGCUUACAGAUUUAAAAAACAAACAGUUAAUGACACGCACAUAGAUUUAAAAGGCCGUAAUAAAAUCUUAACAACUUUCUUUUUACCUUCAAGGUUAAAAAUUUACACGCAGCCCAGCCUUGGAUGCUGUGGCUAAAUUUCUAAAGGCCCCUCAGAGUCCAAAAAGCUGAGAGCACUGUAACAGGGCCUUCCGUGGGCGCAGGGGUGGGAGCCCGUGCACGUAGGCAGUACAGGUGAAAGGAAAAGCAAAAGUUUCUGACCUCCCCGUGGGGGACUGAGUCUUAAAGAUGGAAAUCCGUGUGCAGGAAGAGGCAGCAUUUCUUCGUUGAUUUUUUUUUUUUUUUAACCAAGUGCCAUUAACAUCCAUCCCACCCAUUCCUUGUCUACGCAGCCGGCGUAACUUUAGGAAUGCUCAGGGAUGGACAAUCGCAGGUAAGGCAGGAAGCAUAGGGCCGGAUGUCGAAGGCCGAAGGUAAGGCCAGAGGGUCGGAGAAUGUGUUUGGGGAUGCUGAGGAAGUUCUUGAAGGGAGGUGAAAGCGAAGGGAUUACGCAUCGAGGGAGGAGAAGGCAUUUGGAUCUGCAGCAGAACCCGGCUGUCUAUAAAGACUCAUCCAGAAAACAGAUUGUGAACACAAUCACAGCAUGAAUCCUUUAAAAGGAAGAAGACCUUAAAGUAUUUGCAAAUCUGAAUUUCUAUUUAUUCCUUCACUGAAUAUAGAAACAAUGGUUAUCUGAUUAUUAGAGAUAUUAUUUUGGAUAUGUUACUUAUUAACUUGCUAUGGCUGGUAACCAUGAUAAAGUCUGUUAUUAAUAACAUAAUUCUUUUUUUAAAAAGAAGAAAAGCUUAUUUUUCAUUGACUAUGUAUAGAUUUAUCUACUUAGUUGUGUUUUGGUAUAUUAGUGUUUUAGUUGUUUUUCUUUUUUUUUCUUUUUUAAGUUGAGCAAUCUGAUGAAUUCUAGGAGCCUGUUCCUACCCUGUUUUGAGUCCUGUGUUGACUGCAGGUACACAGCUCAAUUUAGAAAUCCUAAAGCAAAAAGAAUUUUAUUUAUAAAAGAAUCCAACAGCUGCAUGCCUAAGGCUGUGAAGUCGGAUAUUUAGUAAUAAAGCGGCAGUGCCUUUUUUUGUAUUUUCCCAUUGACCCCCCCAUGCAACUGUUUUAUAUUAAGUAAAUAGUAAACAAUUUAAAAGUCUCAGAGUAAAAUCUAUUUCACUACACGGAUUUUUCUCCCCUCUUGUUCUGAUUUAAGCAGUGUGUGCCGGCAUCUCUACGCUGUCCCAGGGACAGCGGUGUAUACAAUAUUGUUAUCAUGUAUGAUGUUUUAUUGGUGCUUUUUAUUCAUAGUGGUUUCUUACCAGACACAGUAGGAAGAAACACACGAACUGUGUACAAGACAUGAAACAUGCUGCUGAUAUGUUUUUUUCCACUUGCUUCUUGAGUUUGACUUUUUCAGUGAGAGCCAGAGAGCUGAGCAGUCCCUACUGGGGAUGCCUGCCAAGGGGGGCUGCGGGACCGAGCUCCCAGAUCCGAGGGAUGAGGUACCCUCCUCGGCGCUGGGCGUCGGAGCUGCAGCUGGCUCUCCUCCCAUUCUUCUGACGCGACACUGAGGGAAACCAGGUUUUCUUUUGAGGUGUUGCCAACUGCCUUUUACGCAAUGGGAGCCUCCUCUCCGGGCCCUUGUUCUGCACCUGUGACUGCGGCAGGCACAAGGUUUGUAGACGCCUGGCCCCUGGGAGCUGGGCUGAGGGCUGAGCUGGGCUCUGAGGGGGCCUGCCACAGGGGCAGUGAGGGAGCCACAGAGGCCCCGCAUGCUGGCCCCAGGCUGUGUGCUGUGCCUGCUGCAGCCGGGUGCGGAGAUGCUGCCUCCCCAAGACGCCCGCUCGGUGCCCUGCUCCGAGCGGCACAUGCAGGAGGCUCAUUUGCACAUGGAGCUGUGAUAACACGAAUGCUGUGUUCUCUUUCUUUUUUACCAGUCACCAGAGAUGUUUGCAAAGUGAGUUUUAUUUUUGUGUAAUCCCUUUAUCUUUACUUAAAGGUGAAUGUGUAUUCCUCUGGGAGGAAUAGGAAGAAAACAGGAAUGUUAAUAAUGUCACACGGAAGACUUCCUCCCUUAUUAAUAUAUAACCCUCAUGUAUUUAUGCCUAAUGUAAGCUGACUUUUAAAAAGCUUUCUUUCGUUGCAUGCCCCGGGCAGGCAUCUGUAUUGUAUCUGCAUGCACUUCGUCCUGUUUUCCUGUAUAAAGUUAGUGAACAAAGAAAUAUUUUUGCCUAGUUCAUGUUGCCAAGCAAUGCAUAUUUUUAAACUUUGUCAUAUAUGGAAAGAGCAUGUUUGUUACAUGUAAAAGCUUUACUGAUACACAGAUAUACUAAUGUUUGAAGAUGUUCUUUGCAAGUGUACAGUUUUCAGAUGUUACCAGUGAAACACCCUUGUGGUUUAAACUUGCUACAAUGUAUUUAUUACUCAUUUCCUCCCAUGUAACUAAGAAUCAUGGCUAUAUUUCAUAUCAACGUUAUAUUGAAAGUGAAAGGAAAUGAUUAAUACAAGGUUUUGUAACACUGG